ACACAUUAUAGUUAUUCUGGGUGCAGCUUGCAGGUUCCAGGUCAUUAAUCUAGAAGGCUGAGCACAAGAGAACACAUGCAUGGUGUGUGCAGAGCACUCCCAUGCCGUGUUGUGUGAGAUUCAUUCAUAGCAUAGCCAGGCGUGUUCUGCAGCUAACUGCUUCUGGCAGCCUCCGAGCUGAUGAGGUGUAUUGAUUCUCCCCUGCUCCCAGCCCAGGAGAGUGCGCAUACAUUGCCUGCUCAGCAAGGGAUCCAACAGAAGAAGCAUUUUCUGUCUUUCCCAGAGACCUGUCAGCUGCAGACAACUGGACCGAAAUGUAGUAUAGUACUUAAUCUAUGAUAUCACUUUGUGUUUCACAUUUCACGAAACACAACAGAGAUUGCUGCUAAAAGAGUGCUAGAUAUAAAACCAUUCUCUCUGUUGCUUCAACAAUUUCUUCAGCUGCUUUGCACACCUAAAGGCACUGAAGAACAAUGACCGACACAGUGAUUGGUAACUCUUCUAGCCGCUGGGUUUGUCCCAAUGAUAGACAAAUGGCCCUCCGAUCCAAGCUCGAUGCCGGAUGGUCUGUACAUCCAGCAAAUCAGGGAGAACGGCAAAGAAAACAUGAAGACCUAACCGAUGAAGAAAAAGAAAUUAUCAACAGAGUGAUCGCGAGGGCUACCAAGAUGGAAGAGAUGGAGCAAGAGCGGAUUGGACGUUUGGUCGACAAAUUAGAAGACAUGAGAAAGGCGGUAACUGGGGAUGGAGUUAAUCGCUGCAUUCUCUGUGGGGAACAACUAGGUUUGCCGGGAUCAAAGUGUGUUGUAUGUGAAGACUGCAAAAAGAAUGUUUGCACAAAGUGUGGUGUAGAGACCAACAGUCGCCCCCACUCCAUCUGGCUCUGCAAAAUAUGUAGUGAGCAGCGUGAGGUGUGGAAAAGAUCUGGAGCUUGGUUCUUUAAGGGCUUUCCGAAACAUGAACUUCCAGAACCAAUGCCUGUCAGUGUCAACAAGUCUAAACCGCAGAAGCCUCCAAGUGACCCAACUGCAUCAGACGCUUCAGUAUCAGAGCAAAAACGCUACCCUCGUAGCCAGGGCCGAGGUCAAGCAGAGGUUACGGUUCCGCCUGAUCAAGAUUCAUAUGGAACUGAAUCAACUGCUGUUUCAUCUGGAAGAGGGAAUUGCCCCCCUCCUAAUCGGAAGCAACCUGACUCCCGAAUGGCACAGAGUGGAGGGGAUUAUGCUGGAGCUGACCAAGAAGGAAGAGACUACAGCUACAGCACUGCAGACAAUGAGGCCAACAGAAGUCCUGGAGGUGCUAAACGUGCCAAUGUGGCUCCAAAUGCAAGAUCUACCCUUCCUGCAAACCAAAGCUCCAGCCAACAGUCUGCCCAGCCAGCAGCUCCAGCAAGUGGAAGAUCAGCACCAAGGCCAGCUCCAGCCAGUAGAUUUCCAGAAGGCCACGGUGGUCCUACUUCUGCUUCUCAGGCUGAACAGCCCUACACAGCCACAGUGUCUAGGGAAGAAAAACCCACUGGAUACACAGCACAAGGUGUUAGGGAGGACAGACCUCUUCGCCAAACAUUAUCAUACUCGGCUGCUGUACCUUCAACAGUCACAGCAGCUCCUGCAAGGCAGCCGCAGCCACAAGAAGAUGAAGAGGAGGAAGCCAAUAGCUAUGACUCAGAUGAAUCAACCACAUUGGGAGCUCUGGAAUUCAGUCUGUUAUAUGACCAAGCCAAUAACUCUCUUCAAUGCUCCAUUAUCAAAGCUAAGGGGUUAAAGCCUAUGGACUCAAAUGGUUUAGCUGAUCCAUAUGUGAAGCUGCAUCUGCUACCUGGGGCUAGUAAGGCAAACAAACUGCGCACUAAAACACUCAGAAACACUCGUAAUCCUAUAUGGAAUGAGACCCUCGUGUAUCAUGGAAUCACGGAUGAAGAGCUGCAGAGAAAGACACUUAGAAUCUCAGUUUGUGAUGAGGACAAGUUUGGCCAUAAUGAAUUUAUUGGAGAGACCCGGUUUUCUCUGAAAAAAAUAAAACCAAACCAAAAGAAGAAUCUCAAUGUCUGCUUGGAGAGAGUUAUUCCGAUGAAACGUGCUGGAACAACAGGAUCAGUAAGGGGCAUGGCUCUUUAUGAGGAUGAAACAAAUCGCGGAGGUGAUGUAGAAGACAGAGGGAAGGUUCUCGUGUCACUGAUGUACAGUACUCAGCAAGGAGGGCUGAUUGUUGGCAUUGUACGCUGUGUUCACUUGGCAGCAAUGGAUGCUAAUGGCUACUCCGAUCCAUUUGUUAAACUAUGGCUAAAACCUGAAGGGGGAAAGAAGGCAAAACAGAAGACUCAAAUUAAAAAGAAAACUCUUAAUCCAGAAUUCAAUGAGGAAUUUUUCUUUGAUAUAAAGCACAGCGAUUUGGCAAAGAAACAAUUAGAUGUAUCGGUGUGGGACUAUGAUAUUGGCAAAUCCAAUGAUUAUAUAGGUGGAUGUCAGCUGGGCAUCACUGCCAAAGGAGAGCGCUUGAAACACUGGUAUGAGUGCCUGAAGAACAAAGACAAAAAGAUUGAGCGCUGGCAUGUUCUACAGAAUGAAAACCACGUAGCAAGUGAUUAAAUGGCAGCUGCGGUGUUUUACAAACAUUUACGCUCCGUACCAAGUCACUGUAAACUUUUUAUGUCUUGUCUUCCAAAGCAUUCACACUUUUAGCUAUUAGCGAUAGAAAAGAAAAAAAAUAGAUGCUAUUGUAUCCUUUAUCAGAUAAACUAAAACUGCAUUUGUGUAUGUCCUCCAGACAAACGCUGACAGAAAUGGUAUUUUAAUGAUACACGUGUAUGUCAUUUAGCCUUCCCUUUGCCACUUUCUACCUAUUUUUGCCCAAUGCUUAUGAAACACAUUGUUAUCUUCACUGCUGUUACGCUAUGAAGACUCCUAUAAAUUGUAUUUAUUUUCUUUGAAACCUUUA